CUUAUUAAAUAGGUUCAUGAAAUAGCACUCCGAACAAGCCGACGAUGUCUUCAGAGUCGCCGGCAAGGAAGUGCGGUAAAUUUGACCAUGAAGCAAUCAUGGAGGAGGAUUCGGGAACUAACAACCUACUACAGACACUGAUGAUGGAGAGUUCAAGUUUCACUAAAACGAGGGGGUUCCACAGUCAUAACUAUCAGGAUUCCGACAUCUUUAGUGUCAGGGAUCGCGCAGAUGAGGGCAAGUUGCCGAAAACUUUGGACCUAACACAAAAGAGGUCCAAUGUACCGAUGUCACGAAAACUGAGUGCGAAGAAAAAGGUGAAUCAAAUUUUUGGUCUAUUAUCGAAGGAACUUCACCGUAUUCGAAGAUCUCGGUCCAGUGCAAUUCCUGAAAGCAUAGUGUCCAAUAUCAUUGAAUCGUUAGGCGCUCACGAGAGCAAGGCACCUGGAAAUGAUGUGUAUAUUGUUUCGAAGGUUGACCGAGAGACUUUGGACCUUGAUGCUUUGAGAAAGACAGGAGUAACACCCCAGCAACUAUUCGACGAUAGUGGCAAAGUAGUGGACAUCGGAAGUACGGGGUAUCUGAAACCGUACAACUUAAUGACCAAAACGCCGCCCAAAACCCAGUUGAAUACACAUUCCCCAAGCAAGUCCUUGGCAACUAACGGGUUUUUGAAAGAGAACGGCUUCUCACUCGGGAAUCACCAAAAAGACAACUCAUUCAUAUCGACAAUAGGUAGCGCUGAACCGGUAAAAUUUGGAAAUGUAACUCGUCUAUCGCGUAAAACGGAGGUUAUAGUAAAUAACCAUCGCAAUUUGAAUCAUUAUGUGCCUUUAGCGAAGAAUGGGGUUCCGAAAUUCUACAAAUUUUUCCCGGACAGGCCGCCUGAACUGGACGCGGCAGAAAAGUCACUGUACACUGCUGUGAGCAAAGCCCAGCCGCCCUUUCUUAUUCUGAAGAACCCUGCUGCAUCGGUGGCAGGCGGCAAGUUACUGCCAGUAGAUCCAAUUAAUUCCACAACAACGACAAGUAAUGUGUCGAAGUUUCUACCCUCCUCCACUUCUCCCGAGCAGGCGGCGAUUGUGGGAAUGGGACUGAUGACCUCUCAGAAGCUGUGCGACUUCAAAUCCUCCUCGGCUCUCGUGGCCGACAAACUCAUAUCCAACUGUAGUUGACUGCUAUAGUCGUCCUACUCAUUCAGUUAGCUAGAGUAUAUAGUACUACAGUUAACAUACCACAGAAAAAACUCAUCUCUAUUCCUAUUCCCUGUAUGCACAUAUGCUGAUUAGACAGAGUUAGUGGGCGCCAACACUGAACAUACAUAAUCGGAGCUAUCUCGAUUCGUGUAGAGUGUUAGUCGCCCAUGUAAUAUCUUGGCUUUACUGUUUAAUUUGUUAUUUUAAAUUGCGCUCUUCGGCCAGGAGAAGUAAAAAAAUUCUAUCUCAGGUAUUAGGUGCGCUUCGCUGGGUACUUUGCGAAGGUUCUAAUAUUGUACAUAGUGUUCUCGACGUAUUUAGAUUUUGUUUCUUUUAUAUCUUCAUCUAUCCAUCACUGUUUUAUCACUUUGUUUAUAUAUGUGAGAGAAUUAAGAAAUUGACGUAGUGGCCAACAUUCUUGUUUUUUAUUUACUCCAAUUCUGAACCAAAUUAAAUGAA